ACCGUGUAUUAGCCUGCAGACUCCAACGACAGAUAAGCAUGUAUCAUUGUUUUCCAAUUCCAAGGUAACAAACAGCCUUGGAAUGAUGAAUCAACAAGGAAAAUCGAAUUGACAGAAACUUUUACAAUCGCGUGUUCCUUUCGCACAUAUAUUAAUGUUACGCGUUUCAAAUUCGACAAAGUCGCAUUUGUUAAUAAAUGCAAGUUUCAAUUAGGAAACAUGUACACGUAUAAUAUCAUUAAUGAUACAUUAACCUUUAAAGUAGGCAGACUGUCGAGUUCAGAAGAUAUUUUCGAGCAUGUCUGUGAUGUGAUUUUUGACGUCAGGGUUGCUGUUUAGUUCACUUCUGAUUCUGACUGGUGUCUCUGAGCCAGGACUCCAAAAUUCAGUUGAAGUAUGAACGCUCAGCAGCUGGUCCUAAAACAGCGGGCAGAGCUUCUGGGAGCCCUGUGUGGUGGAGGCAGUGCUGAACCUCUGGACUGUGUUCUGGACCUGCUCCUGGCUUGGGAGGUUCUUAUCUGGGAGGAUUACCUAUGCAUUCGAGUUGCUGAGAAACCUCUAUGUUCCAACGCCAGACAGCUUCUAGAUGUGGUCUAUGAUAAAGGAGAAGAUGCUUGCAGUCUUCUCUUGGCUGCAUUUCACCAGGUCUUACCUGAGGAGCAGAAGGAUGGGCUGUGCUUUGGGAAAGGAUGCGCUGUAAUGGAGAAAAUUAGACCAUCCUCUGGAACUUCCGUAUUAUUAAUUGACAGGCCAGUGCUAGUAAGAAAGCUUAGAGAUAAUAUUGAUGAAGCAUUGAAUGUUUUAUUGACAACUGGCUGUUUUACCAUCAAGGACUGCGACGGGGUGCAACUACCUGUAUACACACCCUCACAACAGGUUCGAAGGCUGUUAGACCAAGUGAGGUUUAAAGGGGAAACUGCUGCAAAGACCUUACUUCAGUAUCUAGAGCAAACAGAGCCCACAAGGCCAAAUCCUGAAGAUGAAGAAAUUAAACUUUCUGCUGAAUGUCUGAUCUAUCAGAGGAAGCUGCAAAGCUCUGUUGCUGCACAGUCCCACUUUCUUAGCACCUACGGUGGGACAGGACGUUUCUCCCUGGAUGACAUUUACAUGGAUGGACUUCUUGAAGUGAUGAAUGGCUCUGGUGAAACUACAACAUUAGGGCUGGAGGAUGUUGUGGGCCCUGUGGGAACUCUUAAUGAAGAUGCUGACACUGUGCUUGUGUCUGGGGAGGCAGGUAGUGGCAAAAGCACAUUGCUUCAGCGACUCCACUUGCUUUGGGCAAGAAAAGCCUUGCACACAGACAUUAUCGUGCUUUUCCCGUUCAGUUGUCGCAAGCUCAAUGCAGAGCACAGAGAGCUGUCCCUUAAAGAGCUCCUCUUUUUGCACUGCUGCUGGCCUGAUCGAGGUCAGGAAGAAGUUUUCCAGUUUAUCCUAGACCACCCUCAUUUAGUCCUCUUUACCUUUGACGGGCUUGAUGAGUUUAAACAGGGUUUUACAGACGAAGAACGUAACUGCUGCCCCACUCAGAAAGUACCUGUACCUAUUUUGCUUUUCAACCUUUUGCAGGGGACACUAAUGAAGGGUGUUAAGAAGGUGGUCACCAGCAGGCCACAGGCUGUUGGCCCAUCGCUGAAACGCUAUCUACGCAAAGAAGUGCUCCUAAAGGGGUUUUCCCCUGAGGAUAUUAACUGCUUUGUGAAGAAACAUCACAAUGACCCUGCUUUGGCUAAACGAGUCAUAGAAUCCCUGCAGGGUAAUACAACAUUGCUAGGCCUUUGCCACAUCCCAGUCUUCUGCUGGAUUGUGACCAAGUGCCACCAUGAGCUUCUGGGUGGUGAGGAUGGUAUUCCUCAGACUAUCACUGAUGUCUACCUCCUGGUCUUACAGCAUUUCUUCCAGCGGAAGUCACCUCAUCCCCAAGGAGCUCUGGGUAAGGGCUGGUUGGAGGAACACUUGGACACAGUGUUAAGACUUGGACAACUGGCUUUGGAAGGUCUAGAAGCCUCUUGUUAUGUGUUCUCAGGAUAUGAGCUGCAAAGAAAUGGGGUCACAGAACAGGAUGUCAGUAUAGGUUUUCUAAUUUACUGCAAUGACUUGUCUGUGACAGACUGCAAACGCUAUGAAUUUCUGCACAUCACCUUACAGUGUUUCUUUGCUGCUCUGUAUGUCACUUUAAAUUGUAACAAUGAUCGAUCUGUUAUCCCAAAACUCUUUCAGUGUCAGUAUAGGCAGAGGUCAGGCCGGUCUCAUAUGUGUCUGGGACAUUGUAUUGAUCGUUCAGUAGAGGAUGAGGUAGAAUCCAACUUGACAGAGAUACCAAACCUCCAGAUUACAGCUCAGUUUGUGUCAGGCCUAUUAUCACAGCGGCACCAUAACCUCCUCCUUCACUGCUGUCCUGCUGCUCUGCGAGAACGUAAGGUCAAGCAAGUAGUGAAGUCCUUGUCUAAAGGUAUGCAGAGACAUUUCAAGUCCAUUCCUCGUCCUGUAGAGGGUGAAAAGAAGAGCAUGCAUGCCAUGCCAAGUUUUGUUUGGCUCAUUAAAUGUAUUUAUGAAAUGCAAAAUAACACAAUUGCUCAAGCAGCCAUGGCUAAGUUGGAGGUUGAACACCUGAAGCUCACCUACUGUAACAUUGGACCUGUGGAGUGUACUGCAUUGACGUACGUGCUGAGACACCUGCAGAAUCCUAUUGGCCUUCAGCUGGACAACAAUUCUGUUGGAGACACGGGCGUGGAGCAGCUUCUUCCAUGUCUUCAUAUCUGUCACUCUCUCUAUUUAAGAAACAAUAACAUAUCAGAUGAAGGACUCCGGAAGCUUGUGGAAAAGGGAAUAAACUGUGAAAGCUUCCAGAAAAUAGCACUUUUCAACAACAAGCUUACAGAUGCUUGCACCCAACUCAUAGCUAGGCUGUUGAAAUCAAAGCAGAACUUCAUCUCUUUGAGGCUUGGAAAUAACAACAUCACGUCACAGGGAGCAGAGCAGCUUGCUGAAGGCUUAAGUUGCAACCAGUCUUUGCAGUUUCUGGGGUUAUGGGGUAAUAAAAUUGGUGACAGAGGGGCUGAGGCAUUGGCAAAAGCUCUGAAGAAUAAUACAUCGCUAAUAUGGUUCAGUCUGGUAGAUAAUGGUGUGGGCAGUGCAGGUGCAUGCGCUCUGGCUGAACUCAUCAGAGAGAACAAAACUCUGCAGGAAUUAUGGCUAAACAAAAACUGUAUCAGCAGGGAUGGGGUUGAGUGUCUCAUAGAGGCACUGAAAAUGAACUCUACUGUUAAGGACGUCUGGCUGAGAGGAAAUAAUCUGAGCCCAGAGGAAGAAGAGGAGCUGAGCAAGCAAGAAAGCAGAUUGACCUUCUGAAGGCAAGAAGACUCUGUAAUGCCUGCCACCAAAUCCUAUAUUCAAUGUGCAUCAUUGUCCUUUUAAAAUCUCAGAAGUACAGGUACAGUGGAUAUAAAAAUCUACACACCCGUUAAAACAGCAGGUUUUUGUGAUGUAAAAAAUGAAACAAAGAUAAAUCAUAUCAGAAUGAGAGCACAUUUAAUGUAAAAAUUACAACCUAUGCAAUGCCACUAAAAAAACCAAAGUGACAUUUCAGAGAAAAAAAAAACUUAGAAUAACCUAACUGCAUAGGUGUGCACAUCCCUGAACUAAUACUUAGUUGAAGCACCCUUUGAUUUUAUUACAGCACUCAGUCUGUUUGGAUAAGAGUCUAUUAGCCUGGCACAUCUUGACUUGGGAAUAUUUUCCCACUCUUCUUUGCAAAAACGUUCCAGAUCUGUCAAAUUGCGCUCUGGCUGGGCCAUUACAAAACAGUAAUCUUUUUUGCUGAAGCCAUUCUUUUGUUGAUUUGGAUGUGUGCUUUGGAUCAUGGUCAAGCUAAAAGGUGAAAGAUCUCUUCAUUUUCAGCUUUCUAGCAGAUGCCAGAAGGUUCUGUGCCAAAACUGACUGGUACUUGGAGCUAUUCAUGAUUCCCUCCACCUUCACUAAAGCCCCAGUUGAAGAAAAGCAGCCGCAAAGAAUGAUGCUGCCACCACCAUGCUUCACCGUGGAUAUGGUGUUCUUUUGCUGAUGUGCCGUGUUGUUUUUGCGCCAAACAUACCUUUUACAGUUUUGGGCAAAAAGUUCAAUCUUGGUCUCAUCAGACCAUAACACAUUUUUCCACAUGGUUUUGGGAGACUGAAUAUAGGUUUUUGCGGGCUUGGAUGUUUGUUUGUUUUUUCAUCAGAAAAGGUCUGCCCCAUAGCCCAGAAAGAUGAAGAAUACGGGAGAUAGUUUUCACAUGUAGGGAGCAACCAGUACUUGCCAGAAAGAGCUGCAGCUCCUUUAAUGGUGCUGUAGGUCUCUUGACAGCCUCCCUGACCAGUUUUCUCUUUGUCUUCUCAUACAUUUUGAAGAGACAUCCUGUUCUUGAUAAUGUCACUGUUGCGCCAUACUUUCUCCACUUACUGAUGACUGUCUUCACUGUGUCCAUGGUAUAUCUAAUGCCUUGGAAAUUUUUUUGUAGCCCUCACCUGAGCGAUCCCUUUUAACAAUGAGAUCCCAUUGAUCCUUUGAAAGCUCUUUGUGGCCCAUGGGUCUGGUAGUAGCAUGCAACCAAGAUGUCAGAAAAAUCCUACAAGAACAGGCGAGAUUUAUUUGGAGCUAAUCGGUGUCACUUCAGGUGAAGACAGGUGUGUACUAUUUCACAUGAGCUUGAUGAUUGGUUGAUUCUGAACACAGCCACAUACCCAAUUAUAAAAGGGUGUGCACACUUGCAGUUAAGUUAUUCUAAGUUUUUUUGUUUGUUUGUUUUUCUCUGAAAUGUGUCACUUUGGUUUUCAGUGGCAUUGCAUAGGUUGUAAUUUUUACAUGAAAUGUGCAAAAAGUCUGAUAUGAUUUGUCUGUUUCAUUUUUUACAGUUUUAACAGGGAUGUGUAGACUUUUUAUAUCAAUUGUAGCUAAGAUGUAAAUAAUCAGGGGUACCAAUCAGAAAGUCUCAAAGCACAGAAGGAGCACUGGAGCACUUGUCAGGUUGUAUCCCAGUUUGCGGUUAUUCUACAGGAUGUGCAGUAUUUCAUUUUUUUAUUUUUUUAUUGUAAACAUGGUUUAUUUAAGGGUAUGCUACUUUUUAAGGGUGUUUUUUUUUUUUUUUUUUAACAAUGUUUUGAACACCUUUGCUUUAAUUACACCUUCCAUUAAGUAUAUUUAGUUGCACUGUAGCCAUGGUUGUAUUUGUUUUUUCCUUUUCUUACAAAAUAACAUGGAAGGCGAACAGUUACUGUAUUGUUCACAGAUUAAGAGAUUCAUUUGUGCAAAACAUGCUGCAAAAAAUAAAAAUAACAAGCCAAAUGUAUUUUCUGUUACAUUUAACUGAAACACGCAUCAUAUUUGCAGUAUGCAUUUCAGAUUUACAUGUAUAGCAUUAGGGAAUAAACUGUACAGCCUGUCGAACAGCCUGUUCCUCAAACAUCUCAGACAAACUACUGGAAAACCCCAAGAGGCGGGGCUUAAUAAAAGUGAAUCAAAAAGA